AGCUGCCCCAGCUCGUCCCAGCGGUUGACCCCUACUGUCUGCCUUCUCCACCUUCACCACUCUCCCUUCCAUCUUCUCUGCUAUCCUCGAUCGCGCGCCGCUUUUCCAACAACCUCCAUACCAUCCUAAUUCCCUUCAUCUUUGUGUUUCCUCGCUCCUUUCCCCGAGUCUGCGCGCCACCCCCCGACGCUCGUAUUCCCGCGAAGCCCCCCCGCAAACUUUAGAGCAUCUUUUGCGCUUCGUCUUGUUUCUUCUCCUGACCCGCACCAUCAUUUCUCCGAGGCUUCACGCAGACCACCUCCUCUCCACGUCUGCCGCACUCACUGCUUCGCCUCGUUUUCGCCACCAACACACCUCACUCACUGCAUGACCUCGCCCUCCAACAUGGCCGACGCACAGGCCGGAGCGCCCAAGGUCAAUGGCACUACAAAUGGCACCUCCUCCAGCUAUGCCGCCCAAUUCGACCUUAAGCCCCAUUUCAUCGGAGGCAACAAGCUCUCCAAGGCCCCUCCCAGCAAAGUCAAGGACUUUGUCGCCGCCAACGAUGGUCACACCGUCAUCACCAACGUCCUGAUCGCCAAUAACGGUAUUGCUGCCGUGAAAGAGAUUCGGUCGGUGAGGAGAUGGGCAUACGAGACAUUUGGCGAUGAGCGGGCCAUUCAGUUCACCGUCAUGGCCACGCCGGAGGACUUGGCCGCCAACGCCGACUACAUCAGAUUGGCCGAUCAAUACGUCGAAGUGCCCGGCGGCACCAACAACAACAACUACGCCAACGUCGAGCUGAUCGUCGACGUGGCGGAGCGUAUGGACGUCCACGCCGUCUGGGCCGGCUGGGGCCACGCUUCGGAGAACCCCAAGCUCCCCGAGUCUCUCGCCGCUUCGCACAAGAAGAUUGUCUUCAUUGGUCCUCCGGGAUCUGCCAUGCGAUCGCUCGGCGACAAAAUCUCCUCCACCAUCGUUGCGCAGCAUGCUGGUGUCCCGUGUAUCCCGUGGUCAGGCACCGGAGUCGACACGGUCUCUGUCGAUGAGCACAACAUCGUCACGGUCGAGGACGAUAUCUAUGCCAAAGGCUGCGUCACUUCCGUCCAGGAGGGUCUGGAGGCAGCGAGAAAGAUUGGCUUCCCCGUCAUGGUCAAAGCCUCCGAGGGCGGUGGUGGCAAGGGUAUCCGCAAGGUCGACGAUGAAGAAUCUUUCCCCGCUCUAUACAAGGCCGCUGCGAGCGAGAUUCCCGGCUCGCCCAUCUUCGUCAUGAAACUCGCCGGCAGCGCGAGACAUUUGGAAGUCCAGCUUCUCGCUGAUCAAUACGGUAACAACAUCUCCAUCUUCGGCCGCGAUUGUUCCGUGCAGCGAAGACAUCAGAAAAUCAUCGAAGAAGCUCCGGUCACCAUCGCGAGCCAAACCACUUUUGCAAAAAUGGAAAAGGCCGCAGUCUCGCUGGGAAGAUUGGUCGGCUACGUGUCUGCUGGUACCGUGGAGUACCUCUACUCGCAUUCCGACGACAAGUUCUACUUCCUCGAAUUGAAUCCCCGUCUGCAGGUCGAGCACCCCACGACUGAGAUGGUGUCUGGCGUCAACCUCCCCGCCGCCCAGCUGCAGGUCGCCAUGGGUCUUCCCCUCCACCGCAUCCGUGACAUUCGCUUGCUCUACGGUGCCGAUCCGCACACUUCCACCGAAAUCGACUUUGGCUUCGAGACGGAAGACAGCUCUUCCCGACAGCGGCGUCCGAGGCCCAAGGGACACUGCACAGCCUGUCGUAUCACUUCUGAAGAUCCCGGCGAAGGUUUCAAGCCGUCGUCCGGUACGAUGCACGAACUGAACUUCCGAUCGAGCUCCAACGUCUGGGGUUACUUCUCCGUCGGUGCGGCCUCCUCCAUUCACAACUUCUCCGAUUCGCAGUUCGGACAUAUUUUCGCGUACGGCGAGAACAGAUCGGCGUCGCGGAAGCAUAUGGUCGUUGCUCUCAAAGAGCUCAACAUUCGUGGUGACUUCCGCACGACUGUUGAAUACCUUGUGAAGCUGCUGGAGACUCCAGCAUUCGAGGACAACACCAUCACCACUGCUUGGUUGGACGAACUGAUCAGCAAAAAGGUGACGGCCGAGCGACCGGAUCCAAUGAUCGCCGUCAUUUGCGGUGCAGUGACCAAGGCACACGCCGCGAGUGAAGCGUGCAUGAAUGAAUACCGUCACGGCCUUGAGAAGGGACAGACGCCCAGCAAGGACAUCCUCAGGACAGUCUUCCCCGUCGAAUUCAUCUACGAGGGGAUGAAAUACAAGUUCACCGCGACACGCUCUAGCAUCGACAGCUACACCCUUUUCAUCAACGGCAGCAAGGCUCUUGUUGGUAUCCGUUCCCUCUCUGAUGGAGGCCUCCUGGUCCUUCUCGGUGGUCGGUCGCACAACGUCUACUGGAAAGACGAAGUCGGUGCCAUCCGCUUGUCGGUGGACGGCAAGACUUGCAUGCUCGAGGAGGAGAACGACCCCACCCAGCUUCGUACACCUUCUCCUGGAAAGCUCGUCCGCUACACCGUAGAGAACGGCGAGCAUGUCGGGAAGAACCAGGCCUUUGCUGAAGUUGAGGUCAUGAAGAUGUACAUGCCUCUCCUCGCUCAAGAGGAUGGUAUCGUCAACCUCAUCAAGCAGCCAGGGGCCACCCUCGAGGCUGGCGACAUUCUGGGCAUCUUGCAGCUGGAUGAUCCGUCCAAGGUCAAGUCAGCCCAGCCUUACCUCGGCCAGCUUCUUGACUUUGGUGAGCCUGUCGUUCUUGGUACGAAGCCGCCUCAGCGAUUCGCCAAUCUCUUCCGCAUUCUGGAGCACAUUCUCCAGGGCUAUGACAACCAAGUCAUCAUGAAAGACACCCUCAAGGAGCUCAUCUCGGUCCUGCGAGAUCAAGAACUGCCCUACGGCGAGUGGGCUGCUCAGGCAUCCGCGCUUCACGCACGUAUGCCGCAAAAGCUCGAUUCUGCUUUCGAGGAGAUUGUCAAGCGUUCGCAUAGCCGCCAUUCCGAGUUCCCUGCGAAGCAGCUCCAAAAAGCAUUCGAAAAGUUCCUGAUCGACCACGUUGCGAAGGGCGAUGUUGAUGUUCUACGAUCCACCCUCUCGCCUCUCGUGGAGAUUAUGGAAAAGUACACCGACGGCCUCAAGGCUCACGAGUUCCACACAUUCAUCAAACUCUUCGAGCAAUACUACGCCGUCGAGAGCAUUUUCUCCGCGCGUCAGAACCGCGACGAAGAAACCAUCCUCUCCCUGCGUGACUCGAACAGGGACAAGCUGAGGAAUGUCGUCCAAGACGUCCUCUCGCACACACGUGCAAGCGGAAAGAACAAGCUCAUCGUCGAGAUCCUCGACGCAUACCGCCCCAACCAGCCGGGAGUUGGCAAUGUCGGAGACUACUUCAAGCCUUCCCUUUCGAAGCUUGCGGAGCUGGAGGGACGAGCCACGGCCAAGGUUGCCCUCAAGGCUCGUGAAGUGCUCAUCCAAUGCGCCAUGCCAUCCCUGGAAGAACGCACACAGCAAAUGGAACACAUCUUGCGUUCUGCCGUCCUGGGAUCGCGGUAUGGCGAGAGUGGCUGGGAGCACCGAGAGCCCGAUCUCGAUGUCAUGCGAGAAGUGGUGGACUCCAAGCAUACCGUCUUCGAUGUGCUGCCUCAGUUCUUCAUUCACAAGGAUCCCUGGGUCUCCCUAGCGGCGCUGGAAGUUUACACUCGACGUGCCUACCGAGCUUAUCAGCUCAAAUCCAUCGACUACAACGUCGCCAGCGAUGCGCCAUACGUGCUCUCGUGGGACUUUGCCCUGCGCAAGGUCGGCGAGGCCGAAUUCGGACUUCCGAUAGCAUCGGGAUACCCGUCUGCCCCUGGCACGCCUGGAACGGGCAUGUCCUCGCGCGUACACUCCGUCAGUGACAUGACAUACCUGUCGCGUAACGCCGGUGGUGCCGAACAGAUGCGCCGUGGUGCCGUCGUACCUGUCCCCUUCAUCGACGAAGCGGACGAGUAUCUGAUGAAGGCUCUGGAGACGCUUCCCCGAAGUGGCGAGCGAGCAAACGUAAACAGCCCUCUUAACCACCUAACGGCAGAUCUGUCGCGUUCGCGGACCCCUCAGCUUGCGGUCUCUAGUGCCGAGCAAGAAGAGGAGCUGACAGCAGUGUGCAACGUCGCUGUCCGCGAUGCAGAGAGCUUGGACGACAACGAGAUCCUCGGUCGACUGAAGCCGAUCGUCGCCAGCUACAGGGACGAGCUGCUCGCCCGACGGGUUCGCCGCCUGACAUUCAUCUGUGGCCACCGCGACGGCACAUAUCCUGGAUACUUCACCUUCCGCGGCCCGUCCUACGAGGAAGAUAUCAGCAUUCGUCACAUUGAGCCCGCUCUUGCCUUCCAGCUUGAGUUAGGCCGUCUGAAGAACUUCCACAUCAAGCCCGUGUUCACGGAGAACCGCAGCAUCCACAUGUACGAGGCGAUUGGCAAGAAUGCCGAGAACGACAAGCGCUACUUCACCCGCGCCAGCGUGCGUUCCGGACAACUUCGAGACAACGUGCCGACUGCGGAGUACAUGAUCUCCGAGGCCGAUCGACUCAUGACCGACAUUCUCGAUGCAAUGGAGAUUGUCGGCAACAACAACUCCGACUUGAACCACAUCUUCAUCAACUUCUCCAACGUCUUCCCUCUGGAUACUUCGGAGGUCGAGGAGGCGCUGGGUGGCUUCUUGGAUCGCUUUGGUAGGCGCGCUUGGAGACUUCGCGUUACUGGCGCGGAGAUCCGAAUCGUCUGCACGCACAAGAGUACAGGCGAGCCUGUGCCCAUUCGUGUCAUCAUUACCAACACCUCGGGCUACAUUGUGCAAGUGGAGUUGUACGAGGAGCGCAAAUCGGACAAGAGCAACGAGUGGUUCUUCCACAGCGUCGGCGGCACCACCAAGAUCGGCUCGAUGCAUCUGCGCGCCGUGUCUUCGCCUUACGAGACCAAGGGCGCGCUGCAGCCGAAGAGGUACAAGGCUCACAUCAUGGGCACGCAGUACGUCUACGACUUCCCCGAGCUGUUCCGCCAGGCUAUCGAGAACAGCUGGACCUCGACGGUGUCGCAGCACCCGGCUUUGAAGGAGAAGCAGCCCGUCCGGGGCGAAUGCAUUGAGUAUAGCGAACUCGUGCUGGACGACUCGGACAAUCUUCAGGAGGUGAACCGCGACGCCGGCACGAACAAUAUAGGAAUGGUCGGCUGGAUCGCCACGGCAAAGACUCCUGAAUACCCACGAGGACGACGCUUCAUCAUCAUUGCCAACGACAUCACCUUCAAGAUUGGCUCGUUUGGACCGCUUGAGGACAAGUUCUUCCAGAAGUGUUCUGAGCUGGCACGCAAGCUUGGCAUUCCGCGCAUCUACCUGUCUGCCAACUCGGGUGCUCGUAUCGGCAUGGCGGAGGAGCUCAUCCCCCACUUCUCCGUGGCGUGGAAGGAUCCGGCGAGACCAGAGGCUGGCUUUGAAUACCUCUACCUCACACCGGAGAAGAAGGCUCGUUUCGAGGACGGCGCGCUGAAGCACGUCAUCACGAAGGAAGUCAAGAUUGGCGGCGAGACUCGCCACGUGAUCACCACUAUUGUGGGCUCAGAGGAAGGUCUCGGCGUGGAGUGCUUGAAGGGCUCUGGCUUGAUUGCCGGCGAGACGUCGCGCGCUUACGACGACAUCUUCACGAUUACGCUCGUCACCUGCCGCUCCAUCGGUAUUGGUGCCUACCUCGUUCGUCUUGGACAACGUGCCAUCCAGAUCGAAGGCCAGCCCAUCAUUCUGACUGGUGCGCCCGCUCUCAACAAGCUGCUCGGCCGUGAGGUCUACACCUCUAACCUCCAGCUUGGUGGCACGCAGAUCAUGUACAAGAACGGCGUGUCACACAUGACGGCCGAGGAUGAUUUCGCCGGUGUCUCGAAGAUUGUCAAGUGGAUGUCUUUCGUUCCUGACAAGAAGGGCAACCCCGUGCCCAUCUCUCCUUCCGUGGAUAGCUGGGACCGCGACGUUACCUUCUACCCCCCGCAAAAGGCCACUUAUGAUGUCCGACAUCUCAUCGCCGGCCAACAGACCGACGAGGGAUUCCAGUCAGGUCUCUUCGACAAGAACUCCUUCGAGGAGGCUCUCGGUGGCUGGGCGCGUACCGUUGUCAUCGGUCGUGCUCGUCUCGGCGGCAUCCCUGUUGGUGUCAUCGGUGUUGAGACUCGAUCUGUGGAGAACGUCAUGCCGGCCGACGCGGCCAAUCCGGAGUCGAUGGAGCAAGUCACUAGCGAAGCGGGUGGCGUCUGGUACCCCAACAGCGCCUUCAAGACCGCCCAGGCGAUCCGCGAUUUCAACAAGGGCGAGCAGCUUCCUUUGAUGAUCCUCGCCAACUGGAGAGGUUUCUCUGGUGGCCAGCGUGACAUGUACAACGAGGUCUUGAAGUAUGGCUCGUACAUUGUCGAUGCACUGGUGGAUUACAAACAGCCUGUGUUUGUGUAUAUUCCGCCUUAUGGAGAGCUUCGUGGUGGCUCAUGGGUCGUCCUCGAUCCCACCAUCAACCCCGAGUUCAUGGAAAUGUAUGCCGACGAGGAAUCGCGCGGCGGUGUGCUCGAGCCCGAGGGCAUCGUGGGCAUCAAAUACCGCAAAGACCGCCAGAUCGAAACGAUGGCGCGCCUGGACGCGAAAUACGCCGACCUUAAACAGCAGCUCGCGGCCAAGGGCCUGACCUCCGAGCAGCAGAACGAGAUCAAGGCCAAGAUGACCGAGCGCGAGAACCUGCUGCUUCCCACAUACCUCCAAAUCGCCCUGCAAUACUCCGACCUGCACGAUCGCGCGGGCCGCAUGAAGGCCAAAGACGUCAUCCGCUUCCCGCUGGUGUGGUCUCAAGCCCGUCGCUUCUUCUACUGGCGCCUGCGCCGCCGUUUGAACGAGGAGUACGUGCUGCGCCGCAUGGCGUCCGCGCAGUCUAAGGAUCUGCCUUCCUCGCGCACCACGAAUCUCAAGACUCUGUCGGCGUGGUCGGCGAUCCCGAAGUUCGACACGGACGACAUGAGUGUUGCGCUGUGGUAUGAGGAGCAGCGCAAGAUGAUUACGGACAAGAUUGAGGGGGUCAAGACUGAUGCGAUUGCGUUUGAUGUUGCGGCUUUGCUGAGGAGCAACAAGAAUGGCGGGUUGAAGGGUGUUGCGCAGGUGCUGAGCAUGCUGCCUGUGGAGGAGAAGGAGGAGGUCCUCGCUUGGUUGAAGAAGCAGUGAGGAUGAGAUUGUGAUUUUUCUGCUUGUGUAGAUAGGGUAUAUGGAACAGAUGGCGAUUUGGGGGAGUUGUGUAUGCGUAUAGAAUGUUCAAUAUGCG